AUGACUGACGACACGGAAUAUCAGAAACUCGAACGCGACCCGGAUGCCUCAUCUGAGGCCGAUCUAGAGGACUAUGUUGAGACACCCACGACUUUCCAACAGCGAGCACGAUCGAAGUGGCCAGCAUGGAUACGGAUACUCUGCGAGGGUAUACUGGUGGCAAUGGUCAUCCUGCUUGGACUCAAGGUGGCAUCAGGCCGGGGAGAAGGCCAUCCUGGGCCCAAUGAUCCGCGAAAACAAUUCGGCUUCACAGACACUGUAUUCAUGAACGACACCAAGUUUGCGAACGAAGACGCACUCGCUGAUCCCGAUGCUCUACGCACUACGCUCGAGCACUGGGUGACACUCUCGUCAAAAGGGCGAGGCUAUGUACGAGUCCCAGAGAAUGAGCGACAAAGCAUGGAUGGCCCACCUUAUCUCCUCAACCCUCUACAUAGACCAAUUGAGGCCGAAGCUUACAUGGUUUCUGGACUCCAUCAGCUACAUUGCUUGAGCACAAUCAUGGCAUCAUACUCCCGCAUGCGCCAAGGCAAAGACGAGUCCGAAUUGGGCUACCACAUCGCGCAUUGCUUCGACUACCUGCGACAAGGCAUCGUAUGUGCUGGGGAUGCGACUUUGGAGGGCAAUCAGUCUGCUACGUACCCGGGGGUUGAGAUUCCAUGGGGCACCUCGCACCGUUGUGCGAAUUGGCAGGCGUUGGUUGAUUGGGCUGAUGAGAGGACGAUUUGGCCGUUUCCUCCUGGCAUUGAUAUCCUUUAG